UUAAAGGGGCACACCAAUUGGGUAAACUGCAUUGCCUUUUCGCCCGAUGGCGCUUAUCUCGUGUCCGGUGACGGCGGUGGCGUCAUUCGGAUCUGGAACUCCGCCACGGGACAGACGAUCUGCGAUCCUUGGCGUGGCCAUGACCAUGGUGUUAGAUCCGUCGCUUUCUCGCCAAAUGGACACUACGUGGCCUCGGGCGGAGUGGAUCGUACAGUUCGCGUUUGGGACGCAUCCACCGGACAGCCUAUCCGCGAGCCUUUUCGCGGUCACACAAAACGGGUCAUAACAGUGGCAUUUUCACCGGAUGGCGAAUUCAUCAUAUCAUACAGCUCGGACGGCACGAUCCGGUUCUGGGAUGGCUUG